AUAAGCUGCCUACAAGCAUCUCUCUCCAGCAUUCAGCGUUUACUUUGGCGUUGAAUAACUGCACCAAUAACGCUGUUGCCGACAGAGAACAGAGAGAGUGAGAGAGAGGAUGGCGUCAAGGUCAUUUGAGGGUAACGGGGUACGCUGACAGUAAGAGCGCCCCAAAGGAAGCCAUAUUUUGCACAAUAAUCUUAUUAGAUGCAAAACUAUCAAAUCCUGAAAGCUUUAAUUUCUCAAUCAAUUCAUGAUGUUACGCGCACCCUCUUGCAGCAUCGGUAUAAUGGAUAGUAAAUUAUACAUUAUGUGCUAUUUCUAUCCUGCGCUCUUAUACUCAACCCAUUACAAAAUGACAGUGCGGAUCCCUCUGCAAGAACGCCCAUCAAGCCUUCCCCAAGACACCGCUAUACCGGCAAGCACACAGUCAAUGACGCGGAUAAUAAACGAAUGAUGCGAGCUGUUGUCCCUGGCAAUGGGAAUACUGCUGCUGCACGUGCCUGUAACACUGCAAUAAUACACAUCCACGCGCGGAGCACAAAUUAAGCUCUGCUGGGCUGGCUGGGCGCACCAGUGACCUUAUCGAUUUUCACAGACGGCUUCUGGCGGGUGUCAAAUCCAGAGGUGAAUGUACUCUAGCAAUCCAGGUUAAAAAGGGAAAGACUGAACCAUUUUGUGAGUGAUGUGAGAAUUAACUCAAUCAUGCACCAGCAUAUGCAAGUGCCACCCUUGGAGGGAAAAGUUCGCUGUAAUUAUCUAAAUCUGCCUCUGAUUAAUGGGGACAGACUGAGGACAGCUAAGACACUAGUGGACAAAGCAAUAAAGGAAAAGAAAGUGUUCUCAGUGCAAGGCCCAUAUCCUGUAAUCCGCGCAGGCCUGCGUGCAAGAGGAUGGGUGGAGCGGCGACUACCACGGCCUUCUUUCCCACAGCCCCGUCGACAUGAUCCUGAAACGGAAGCCACAGAUGAGGGUGGCAGCAGUGAUGAUGAUGAGUUAGGAGAGGAGGGAGAGAGGGACGAUGAAGCAGAUGAUCUGUACGACCUAAUGUCACGGUUGGUUCGCAAUGAGACCCCGUAUUUCUACUGGACAACAAAGAGGGAUUCAAUCGACUGCCGGUCUUUACGUAAAGAUCAGAUGACCAAUCAUUACGCAAAGUCGGGAUCAUUUACCACCAAGGUUGGUUUGUGUUUGAAUUUGAGAAAUCUGCAGUGGUUUGAUGAAGCAGAUCCUGAUACAUUCUUCCCACGCUGCUACAGACUGGGGGCGGAGGAUGAGAAACAUGCUUUUAUUGAGGACUUUAGACGGACUGCAUGCACAAGUCUACUGCUGUAUAUUUUGGAGAAGUAUGGUGGGGAUUCAGAGUGGGAGAGAAUAGGAGAGGUGCAUGAUGCUAAGUCUCAUGGUCCGAGCAAGCGGCGUAAACAGCACACCAAUCAGAGGGUUGGAACUUCAUUAAUUGACAGUGCAUUACAUGUAUGCCAGGAGCAUCUGAACAGUUUAGAACACUGUGACAUAGACAUCACUUUGGAAACAACCCCUACCCUCUCAGAGCAACAGUGGAAGGUGUUUCUUCAGAAUUAUUAUUUAGUUAUUCAUGAAGGACUGAUGAUAGAGGGCUGUGAAGAAUAUGUAGAGCGUUGUAAAUGCAUGCUGGAACAGAUGCGUCAAGUUUGCCCUCAGAUGGAGACUGAUGGACUCUGCAACAUCUGGAUCAUUAAACCUGGGGCCAAGUCACGAGGCAGAGGUAUAAUGUGCAUGAACAAGUUGGAUGAGAUGUUGAGUUUGGUAGAUGGAGACCACGGCAUCAUGAAGGACAGUAAGUGGGUGGUGCAGAAGUACUUGGAGCGGCCCCUCCUCGUGCAUAACACUAAGUUUGAUGUAAGGCAGUGGUUCCUGGUCACAGACUGGAACCCUCUUACUGUGUGGUUCUACCGUGAGUGCUACCUCCGUUUUUCUACCCAACCUUACUCCACUCAUACAUUGGACAGCUCUGUACAUCUUUGCAACAACUCCAUCCAGAAGCAUUUUCAGCCAAGCCCAGAUCGCAAUCCUUCUCUACCUGCUGAGUGCAUGUGGUCGUGUUCGCAGUUCUGCUCCUGGUUGGCUGCUUCAGGCCGUGGUGGUCUGUGGGAAGGGGUGGUGGUUCCAGGUAUGCAGAAGGCUGUUAUCCAAACUCUCUUGACUGCACAGGACAGUGUGGAACCUCGUAAAGCCAGUUUUGAGCUCUACGGAGCUGACUUUAUGCUGGGGCGUGAUUUGAGACCUUGGCUAUUGGAGAUCAAUGCCAGCCCCACCAUGGCACCCUCCACAGGAGUCACAGCUCGACUCUGCCCCGCUGUACAGGAAGACACUUUGCGGGUGGUGCUGGAUCGACGCUGUGACCGCAACACUCACACUGGUGGCUUCCAGCUCAUAUACAAACAGGCAGCAGUAGAAGUUCCUCAGUAUGUGGGAGUGAAUCUUCUCAUAGAGGGGACUUCAAUCAGACGUCCCCGUGCCCCUAUUUACAAGCCUCUCAUUCAGUCUCACCCUGAGCCGCUAUCAAAAUCCACCAAUCACAAGCCUUCACUUAUAAGCAGCCAUUGCACUUCUGGCAAGGAGAAUCAAUCAGAAAAGAUAAAAAAGGCUUGGCCUACCCUCCCUUCCCGUAAAGUCACAUUGGAGCAAUCUUCAACCUUUUACCCUAAACUGAGGAAACGUCCCCACAGACUAGUCUUACCUUCAAACUGUUGUGUUCUUCCCAACCCAGCAGAACUUCAUCCACAAAAGCUCUCACCCACUCUAGCCCAGCCCGAUCACCCUCACACACACAGGACACGCAGCAACCUUCCAUCUCUUUACCGCCCAACCCCCUCACUGGACGUGAUCAGCAUACGACCUAGACAAACUCUCACCUCCUGUCGCUACAAACACGACAUACACACAGUCAAUAUAUCUUAUCCAGUCCUACCUAUGCAGCAGCACCUUUCACUAAACCAUAGACGGACCACGGACACUUUUACAAAGAGAGAAGGGCCGAAGUCAUCCUGAGGAACCUUUUGGAGAACAUGAUUUCAUUCAAACAGAUUCUAACCUAAAUGGAAUGAAUAUGUUUUAGACUGCAUCAAUUGUAUUGUGAGUUUAUCUUUAAAUACACUGGAUUCAAAACCCAUAUACCUUAUCAAUCUACCAUCAGAAAUAAGAAGGAGAACAGCAUAUUAGUUGAGGAAGCACCUUUUUACUGAUUAAGAGCACUUAAAAAAAAAAAUCUGUCAUUAUUUACUCUUAUAUCCUAAUGCGUAUCCAAAACUGAAGAUUCUUCCUGUGGAACACAAAAGGAGAUCUUAUGCAUAAAAUUGGCUGAUCUGGUCUCUUCCAUAUAAUGGAGGCAUACACCAAGGUUUAAAAAGGACCAAAAAGCACCACAUAGCGUAUUUGACUUGUGCUCUCUACUUCAAAUCUUCUGAAACCAUGCAACAGCUUUUAAUUUUUGACUCUUUUAUGGAUAAAGACACAUUUUUUAACAUAAAUUAAUUAAAUUCAAUGUGAGAUAUACAGUAGUACUAUUAUGGAGUGCCUAAUUCUGUAUUAUAUUGAUAUGGGCAACCUUUCACCGGUGCUAUGUUUGAUGAUUAUUAGCAUGGUCACUGUCAACUGUGGUGUACUGACUGUAGUAUUAAUCUAUGGUGCUGAAUUUUGUAUUCUAGAUGUCAGGAUGUUUCCAUAUGAGCUGACUGUUGACAAUGUUAAUUAUUGGAAACACUAGUUUUCAAAUUUUUGCAAUUUGAAGUUAGCUUAGUAGAUGUUUUAUAUAACUCAUGCCUUUAACCGUUAACCAAACUCACCACUAGAUGGAGCUAGCAUUCAUUCUUUUAAUCUUUCUCAUUUUUGUCAGUGCUUAUCAUAAAGUAGUAUCAUAUGAAUUGCAUGCUAAAUCCAUUAUCAUGGAUACAUUUGUUAUAAUAUGCGAUUAAUACCAUUUUGCAUGUCAUAAUGUCAACAAAAAGAAUGGGUUUUUGGGACAUUUUUGCAUAAACUUGAUCAUCCUGAUGAACCUCUACAAUAAAAAGCACUUGAAAAUCACAAAUAUUAUUUUUGUUAAUUGAUUUUUUUUUAUUCUUUAAUUUUUUUUGAGAACUUAUGCUUUCACCUGUCUCUGUUCUUAUUUUCUAUAUGAAUUACAUAAUUUUUUAUUUAAUUAUUUUUACCCAUUGAUAAAGAACUUUUAUAAUGUUUACAUUGAACUGCAAUUCAGAGACAUUGCAUUUUUAUUUAUUAUAUUUUAUUAUUUUUACCCAUUAACUUACAUUCAUAUCAAAACAUUUCCUCAGUGUUUGCUUUCGACUGUAAUUCAGCGGUAUUGCACUAUACAAACACAAGCAAAUCGAGACAUGCUGAUCACUGUACUAUUAACAAACACUUACUUUGUACGCACACCCAUUAGCAGACACUAUAAAAAUUAUUGUUGCCAUGUAUUGCAGUUUUUUACUCCCUUUUACCUUCCAGCAGUUCUCA